CCGGCCUACCCCGAGCAUGGCCGGAAAGGCGUCUAACCUCCUCGUGGCCCUGCUUCUGCUUGCCGCACUAAUGCCAGUCACCCCCAGGUUCCGAGGAAGCCGCUGCCUCUGUCUUGGCCCCAGAGUGAACUCGGUGCCUCCGGGGAAGAUCAAGAGCAUCUCUGUCUUCCUCCCGACCAGCACCUGUGACUACAAGGAGGUGAUCGUCACCCUGAAGAGAGGGCAGGGGCAGAGGUGUCUGAACCUGUUCUCCAAGCAAGCUCGACUCAUUCUCAAGAAAAUAGUGGAAAGAAAAGAGGCCCAGAGAGAGAAGAUGACCUGAGGAGCCCGUCCAGAGGCUACAGUCCCGGACCUGUAAACUCCGGGCCUGGUUGCGUCUUUGUCCCGACCCCUUCCGAGGUUCGUCAGGGGGUCCGCGGCUCCAACCUUCCCCGCUUUUCUUGCUCUUGCUCAUCACCAUCCUCUGCAGACUGGGUCUUCUUUGCGCUGGAACCAAGGAUAACCUCUAUCUGCUGCAGAUUUGUCCUUCCCAAGCUCCCAGUCCAGUGCUCUGCACACGGUAAGCGCU